CCAUCUUCUCCACUCUGGAAACCUAGCCGCAACGCCUCCCCCCUCUCCGCUGGAAACCGAGCCGCCUCUCCUCCUCCUUCUUCGCCCUCACAGACAUACACACUAUUCUCAGCAGAAAAUACACACUCCCUCUCAGCUGGAACAAAAUAUGGGAUAAGUUAAAUGAAGAUAUAAAGAUCCCAAAAGCUUGAAACACAAAAGAAGAACUGGAAUUUCUAAAGGAAGUAAGAAUCGAUUUCAAAACUCUACUUUUUUUUUCUGGUUUGCACAAGCAGUAGAAGUCGAGUUCCUAGCUGUUUUGCCGAGUUCGAAUCUGUCGCCGCUGAUGCUUCGACCAUUGCAGUGUUUGCCUUAUUCGGUUCAUCUUCCUUGUUUGCCUUAUUGAGAGGUUAAAUUGAAGGAAGACAGGAAAAUUAAGGGAUAGAUAGGCGUGGAGAUCGAUUCGCCAUCUAGUCGUGUUGUACUACUGGUUUGAAGCCCGAGCGUUUAGUGAAGUUGAAAGAACUAUGAAUAUACAUUUGAAUACUGUGUGACAAGGAUGCCAGGCAUACCUUUAGUGGCUCGUGAAACCACGCAUUACACUUGCUACUGCAGUUAUUCUACAGUUACGGACUCAAUGUGCAGGCAAGAUUUUGCUACACAUUUGUCAGCAGAGGAGAAGAUUGCUGCUGAAGAAAGCCUUUCAACUUAUUGCAAACCUGUUGAACUCUACAACAUUCUCCAACGUCGUGCCGUUAGAAAUAAUAUCAUGCAGCCUUCCUUCCUUCAAAGAUGUUUACAUUACAAAAUUCAAGCAAAGCACAAAAAGAGGAUUCAAAUGGCAAUAUCUGUGCCAGCCACUGUGAACGAUGAAUCACAGGUCCAGAGUGUUUUUCCUCUGUGUGUCAUUUUGGCAAGGCCAGUAUCAAAUGCCGCAGGUGCUGAGGCACAUUCUGCUGUCUAUCAAUUUAGGCGGGCAUGCAUAUCAACUUCUUUCACUAGAGUUGAUGGAAUAAAUCGAGCUCAAGCAAAAUUCUUUCUCCCCGAAAUGGAUAAACUUUCAGCUGAAAUAAGGGCUGGCUCUCUUGUCCUCCUGUUUGUCAGUUUUGCUGAACUUGCUAGAGAUCAUUUGGAUACAUCUUCAUUUCCAUUGAAUCUUGAAGGGCACUGUUUGUUGGGAAGAAUGCCGAUGGAAUUACUUCAUCUAUUGUGGGAAAAGUCUCCCAAUUUGAGUUUAGGGGAGAGAGCUGAGAUGUUGUCAACUGUUGACUUGAGCCCUUGUUUUAUGAAGACAAGCUGUUUGGACAAAGACAGACAUAUUUCCUUUCAGUAUCCCCGCAGUUCUGUGGCUCUGGCAACAAUACAGCAACUGCAAGUCAAAAUUGCUGCAGAAGAAGUUGGUGCAGGAGAUAAAUCAGCUUAUGAUUCAUUCUCCUAUGAUGACAUUCCUACGACUUCAUUGCCUCGAAUAAUACGGUUGAGGACAGGAAAUGUUGUCUUCAACUAUAGGUACUAUAACAACAACUUGCAGAGAACAGAAGUGACUGAGGACUUCACCUGUCCUCUCUGCUUGGUAAAAUGUGCCAGCUUUAAGGGUUUGAGAUAUCACUUAUGCUCAUCUCACGAUUUGUUCAACUUUGAAUUUUGGGUAAAUGAAGAAUAUCAAGCUGUAAAUGUAUCUGUGAGAAGUGACAUGUGGAGAUCUGAGAUUGUUGCUAAUGGCGUUGAUCCUAAGCAACAAACAUUCUUCUUUUGUUCAAAGCCACUAAGACGGAGGAAACGACAAGAUUUAUUUCAAAAUUCAAAGUAUGUGCACCCACUUGUUUUAGAUUCAGAUUUCCCUACAUCAACAAAUGGGCUCAAUGACAAGAUUAAUGGUGUUGCUGAGGCUGUAGAGUGUGAUCCAUCAAGUCCCAAUGGUGCAGGCGUUUCUUCUGCAACUGGUCACUUGUAUCCAGAUCCUGACUCUGUGCAAUCAGUACCAGGAAGCACUCUUGCACCCCCAGCACUGCUUCAGUUUGCCAAGUCAAGAAAGUUAUCAAUUUCACUGCAGAUCUUCAGUACCGGGUCCAAUAAAUCAUCAAUUAGCAGAUUUUGUUUGCUGCAGUUGGCAUUAAUCGCUUGAACUUCACUGUGGAUUAUAUUAUUGGCUGUCUAAUUUGGAGCUAUUAUUUCCCUUUUAUGACUGUACCCCAUUGAGCCUACUGCAGUUAUGGUGCUUGUUUUUUGGAGGUGGGGUGUAACAUGCUCCCAUGUUUUGUAAAUUUGAGGUUUUGAUGUCUAUAAUUUUGAGAAUUUUUGGAAAUUAUUGUGAAAGACAUACUUCCUCCCCCUUUAGUUUUUUCUCAAUAAUUCGAUGGUGCCCCAUACCUUCAAAUUCUGUCUUGGCCUCGAGUUUAGUGACCGAUAGGGUCGCUGUAUCCAACUUGGACCUACGGCAGUUGUGAAGUUGUAUCUAUGAAGGAUAUACUAGCCCUCUAGUGUUUCAAAAAAUUCAAGGGUGCCACCAUCUUCAAAUAUGGUCUUUGCCUUAGGUCUAGUGCCUAGUAAUGGUGGUUUUCUGUUCUGUCUUUUAGAUAGCCUCAAUCUUAACUUUAUCAGAAACCUAGACCAUGAUCUCGAUUUUAGUAUUGGCAAGACGGACUGGUUCUCGACUAUCCAUUCUGUAGUUUGAUGGUACACUUGUGUUUUGAGUUUCUCGUUGACUGCGGUUUACUUCCCUUUUGAUGGAUACGUCGAACCCUUUCCCUCUCUCUCUCUGUCUGCUGUUAAAUCGUAUUUUAGCUUAUAUGCUACAGCGUUAGGACUGGUUCCUGUCUUGGUUAAGAAUGCUAAAAAUUGAUUGUAUUGAGACUGUCCAGUGAUGCUUUUCUGUAUUAUCUGUAUUUCUGUGUUUCUUGAUUUUGCUUAAUGUCUUUGAUGUGAUACUAGUUGGGAGAAAAUUGACUACACAAAUUUUCUGUAUUAUGGUUUACCUUUAUAGUUCGU